CCUUCUGCUGGAGGAGUCAAAUGUUCAGCCUGUUUCUACUCCUGUAACAGUGUGUGGUGACAUACAUGGACAGUUUUAUGAUCUUUGUGAACUCUUCCGAACCGGUGGUCAGGUGCCGGACACAAAUUACAUAUUCAUGGGUGACUUUGUUGACCGAGGGUAUUACAGUUUGGAGACAUUCACCUACCUGCUGGUGCUGAAAGCCAAAUGGCCUGACCGCAUCACACUUCUACGUGGAAACCAUGAGAGCAGACAGAUCACCCAAGUAUAUGGCUUUUAUGAUGAGUGCCAGACUAAGUAUGGGAAUGCAAAUGCCUGGCGCUAUUGCACCAAAGUGUUUGAUAUGUUAACAGUUGCAGCUCUGAUGGAUGAGCAGAUCCUGUGUGUCCAUGGAGGCCUGUCCCCAGACAUAAAAACUCUAGAUCAGAUUCGAACCAUUGAGCGGAACCAGGAGAUCCCUCACAAAGGAGCGUUUUGUGAUCUGGUGUGGUCGGACCCUGAGGACGUGGACACUUGGGCCAUCAGCCCCAGAGGAGCUGGCUGGCUCUUUGGUGCAAAGGUCACAAAUGAG